AUGACAACCACGUAUAACUUCGAGGGAAAGGUAGCCCUAAUCACGGGCUCGAGUACAGGCAUCGGCGCCGCCAUUGCCGUACUGUUUGCCCGAAGUGGUGCCCGCGUUGUGGUGAGCGGUCUGAACGGCGCUGACGUGCGUUCGGUGGCCGACGAGUGCGCGCGAGUCUCGCCGUCCGGUUCGGCGGCACUCGAAGUCGUCGCAGACUUCCGGCGCGAGUCUGACGUCCGGCGACUCAUUGACGCCACUAUUGAAACGUACGGACAGUUAGACGUAUUGGUGAACUGCGCCGGCGUUUGCCUGUGGGCUGACAUAACAGACCCGGAUUACGUGGAAAAGCAGAGGCAGACACUGGAUGUGAAUCUGAAUUCAGUCAUACUUUUAACACAUUUAUCGGUUAAAUAUCUGGAGGAAAGUAAAGGCACAAUAAUUAAUAUAUCGAGUGCUCUGGGUACUAAACCG